AUGAAAAAUUUUGGACGUGUGUCAGUUUGUGGUUCAAUUUCAUCGUAUAAUACUAAUCCAAAAAAUUUACCAAAAGUGUCAAUGUUGCAGCCAGCCAUAGUGUUUAAGCAACUAAAAAUUGAAGGUUUUAUUGUUAGUAGAUGGGCAGAUAAAUGGCAAAGUGGUAUUGAACGUAAUUUAAAUUUUAUAAAAGAGGGCAAACUUAUUUACCCAGAGUACAUUGUUCAAGGUUUUGAAAGUUUACCACAAGCUUUUAUUGGUAUGCUGAAUGGAGAAAACAUAGGAAAAGCUUUGGUCAAAGUUUAA